GAUAUAAAACGGCCCUCGCCGUGAAGUUGUGUGCGCUGGCCCUUUAAGACAUCCGAGCGCCUCCGAGGGAGAGACGCUGCUGCCGACCAGCGCUCCACGGCAUUAACGAACACGUAGACUGCUAAGUGGACGUACGCAAAUACCACCUCGACACAUAGCCCAGAUGGAACAGUAACAAUGGAAUACCACUUGGUUGUGUUUACUGUCAUAUUGCAGUUAACCUUCCAUUCAGGGACCUCCAGCCUCACCAUCUCGCCGAACGGCCCGCAGCUGGUCGUCCGGCUGAAUAGCCCCCUGCGACUCCACUGCCAGGGGGACGGCGGGGCCGUGCAGUGGGUGCGGGUGGACCGGCCGGGCCGGAGGCUGCGGGGGGAGGAGAGGAAGGGCCGGAGCUCCACCAUCCUCAUCCCCCGCGCCCAGAUCACCCACAUGGGGCCCUACGCCUGCCAGGACGAGGCCUCUGGGGAGACCAGGUCCAUCUACGUCUUUGUUAAAGAUCCGGCCAACGCUUUCCGCAGGUCUAUGAUGUCCGCCUUGCUGGUGGCCGUGGGGCACAGCGUCACCUUCCCGUGCCUGGCCACCGAUCCAGACGUGUCGGAGGUGCGUCUGGAGACGUGCAGCGGGAGCCCACUGCCCAGCGGCAUGCACUACGAGGCCAGCCUGGAGAGGGGCGUCGUGCUGGAGAGCGUGCAGCAGGGCUUUCAAGGGUGCUACCGCUGCGCGGGCAGGCUAAAUGGAGAGGAGGUCAAGUCGGGGGAAUACGAACUGGACAUUCGUCUUGCUCCAGACUCGGUGCCGGUGGUUGAGCUGCGGAGCCCGGAGAGGCUACUGCUCACCCAGGGCCAGAGCCUCACGCUCAGCUGCAGCACCAGCAACAUCAACAGCGACAUCAACGUGCGCUGGACAUGGCCCCCUGCCGCGCGGCCCUCGGAGCACCCGUCCUCACGCAUCCUGACGGAGCCCGUCAUCACCCAUGUGCGUGGCAGGACGCUGCACAUUGGCUCCGUGGUGCCGGCCGACUCCGGCAGCUACCGGUGCGAGGCCAAGAACGAAAAGGGCACCAGCGCGAAGAGUGUAUGGCUGGACGUCUACGGCAAAGGCUUCAUCAGAGUGAACGGGACCAGCAACAGGACGGUGCGCGUGCGGGUCGGCGAGAACCUGUCUCUGAGGACCGAGAUAGAGGCCUACCCCAGACCCCACCGCAUCACCUGGAGGUACAUGGGCCAGGAGCUGUGGAACACCUCUGAUCACAUCAUCGUCACACUCAGCCAAGGACACAGGUACCGUAGCGAGCUGAAGCUGGUGAGGAUGAAGGUGUACGAGAGCGGCGUGUACUCCUUCGAGGCCUCCAACGGCGACGCAUCAGUCAACGAGACGUUCACCGUCCACGUUAUCAGCAAGCCAGAGAUCGUGUCUCAUGAGGGACCAGUGGACGGACAGGUGCGCUGCGUUGCAGAGGGAUACCCCGCUCCUCUGAUCACUUGGUAUUACUGUGACCAGCCUCACGCCAGGUGCUCACAGCUGCUUAACGCCACGCAGGAGGAGGAGGACAUCGUCACGGUGACGCUGUCCAACCCGGCGUUCGGCAUCCGCGAGGUGGAGAGCCGCCUGAACAUCAGCAAGAGCAACUUCCCCACGCUGGAGUGUGUGGCCACCGUGGAGGGCGAGCAGGUCUACACACUCUUCUCCAUCAGCGAGCGUAUUGUUACCCACGAUCUCUUCACCCCUCUGCUGAUAGGCCUGGUGUCCUCUGCAGCUUUCCUCAGCUUCAUCUUAGUCGUGCUCUUCUACAAGUACAUGCAGAAACCCAAAUACCAAAUCCAGUGGAAAGUCAUCGAAGGCAUCCACGGCAACAACUACGUCUACAUUGACCCCACACAGCUACCGUAUGACAACCAGUGGGAGUUUCCUCGGGACAAACUACGCUUUGGGAAGACGCUGGGAUCGGGGGCUUUCGGGAGAGUGGUGGAGGCCACGGCCCACGGCAUGUCCAAAGCCGACUCGGUGAUGAAGGUGGCUGUGAAAAUGCUGAAACCGAGUGCCCAUGCCACAGAGAAGGAGGCCCUCAUCUCCGAGCUGAAGGUCCUCAGCUACCUGGGCAACCAUAUCAACAUUGUCAAUCUCCUCGGCGCCUGCACCGUAGGGGGUCCCACCCUUGUGAUCACGGAGUACUGUUGCUUCGGCGACCUCUUGAACUUUCUGAGGAAGAAAAGAGACUCGUUCUUCUGGUCCAAGGAAGAGGAGGACACUCACUACAGAAAUGUCCCAAUGCAGACUAACGGUUCCAGGGAGCCCAACAACAGCUACGUGGUCAUGAAGCCUGCAGUGACUCGUCCUCUCGCACCCGCACCCACUCACCCCUCAGGGAAGAGACGAUCACUACGCAGAGGUACCUCUGCUAAUGAGUCUGACCUGCUGAAUGAGCCGACGCAGGAUGACGCCCUCCCUCUGGACACUGAGGACCUGCUCAGCUUCUCAUACCAAGUGGCCAAGGGCAUGGACUUCCUGGCCUCCAAAAAUUGUAUCCACAGGGACCUCGCGGCCAGAAAUAUCCUCUUAACUGAAGGCAGAGUGGCCAAGAUCUGUGACUUCGGACUUGCCCGUGACAUCACAACUGACUCCAACUAUGUUGUCAAGGGAAACGCCCGUCUGCCCGUGAAGUGGAUGUCUCCAGAAAGCAUCUUUGAUUGUGUUUACACGUUCGAGAGCGAUGUUUGGUCGUAUGGCAUCCUGCUGUGGGAAAUCUUCUCUUUGGGCAGCAGCCCAUACCCUGGGAUGCCUGUGGAUGCCAAGUUCUACAAAAUGAUCAAGGAAGGGUACAGAAUGGAUGCACCUGAUUUUGCACCCAGCGAAAUGUACCUGGUGAUGUGCUCGUGCUGGGACACAGACCCUUACAGGAGGCCUUCGUUCAGGAAACUGGUGGAGAAGGUGGAGUUGCAGCUCUCGGACGCUACCAAACAUAUUUAUCUGAACUUCAAUUCACGGUUUCCUGCCACCAAUGUUGCCCGCGAAAACCAGCUCCCUCCGAACGCCGUCACCCAGAGACAGAGCUCCACGGGGGGCCACCACAGCCCCCCCUCCCAGCCUUUGCUCCACGCCCAGGAGGCCGGGGGGACACGACCACGUCAGGUGUAGGCACCACCAAAACCCCAACUCUGACAUUUUAUCCACCAGGCCACCUCAGGCCAGUGCCUAAGCAGGACCCUACCCCAGCACCCAACACCACGCUCCGGCUUCAAGCCACUGACGUCGCCCCCUGAGAC